UCAUUCCUUUGUGCCUUCCUCACUUUAUAACUCUGCACUUUCUCUCGUGUGACUCUUCUUCUCCACCUUCACUUUCUUCACAAAACACAUCAAAAUCUCAAAUUUUCCUCCGAUGAUGCCCCAUCAGCAAGAAAACGCUGUUACACCUGACAAUCCAGCAAUCCCCCACCGCCCAGAGAACCGCUCCGUCCACGCCGAACCACCGUCGUCCGCUGCCAAUCACAUUCGUAACGCCAAUAAUUCUCACCAACACCCACAACCAAAUAUUUCACCGCCCAGAUUUUCUGUUCUUCGUCAAUCCCUUCCCCCAGUUACCCUCAAAUUUGAGGAUGUUACCUACAGCAUAACUUUUGAAAGGGACAAGAAUGGUUGCGUAUCUUCUCCAAAACCAAAACACAAAAGGACAGUGUUGAAUGGUGUGACUGGUAUGGUGGGGCCAGGGGAGGUGAUGGCAAUGUUGGGGCCAUCAGGUAGUGGCAAGACCACUUUACUCACUGCCCUCGCCGGCCGGCUCACCGGAAAACUAUCCGGUGCCGUAACGUAUAACAACCACCCUUUCUCAAGCUCCAUGAGGCGCAACAUAGGUUUUGUGUCCCAAGAAGAUGUGUUGUACCCUCACCUCACUGUGAUUGAGACUCUAACUUAUGCUGCCAUGUUGAAGCUUCCGAGAAGUUUGACAAGGGAAGAGAAAAUGGACCAAGCUGAGAUGAUCAUCCAGGAGCUAGGGUUGUCACGGUGCCGAAACAACCUUGUUGGUGGUGGCGCAGCCGUUUUCCGGGGGAUUUCCGGCGGGGAGCGAAAGCGGGUCAACAUAGGACAAGAGAUGUUGGUAAACCCGAGUUUGUUGUUGCUCGAUGAGCCGACAUCCGGGUUGGACUCCACCACCGCCCAACGCAUCGUGGCAAUGCUUCAUAGUCUUGCUCGAAGCGGUCGAACGGUGGUGACCACCAUUCACCAACCUUCGAGCAGGUUGUUUUGGAUGUUUGACAAGGUGUUGUUGUUGUCGGACGGGUACCCGCUUUUCACCGGACAAGCAUGUCGGGCCAUGAAUUAUUUUGAGUCCAUCGGGUUUGGGCCCACUUUCAAUUUCAUCAACCCAGCUGAUUUUCUGCUUGACCUUGCUAAUGGUAUAGUUGUUGAUGUCAAAGAAGAAGAACAUUUAGAUCGUCUUGAGGAUCAAGCUUCAAUCAAACAAUUUCUAGUUUCAUCGUAUAAGAAGAAUGCAUAUCCUCUUCUAAAACAAGAGAUUCAACAAAAUCAGGGAGAAGUAGCAUCUUUUGCUUCAAGAACAUUGAGUCCUGAGAAUCAAUGGACCACUAGCUGGUGGGAACAAUCCAUGGUUCUACUCAAGAGAGGUUUAAAAGAGAGGAGACAUGAAUCUUACUCUCAUCUUAGAAUUUUUCAAGUCUUGUCUGUCUCAAUUCUCUCAGGACUUCUAUGGUGGCAUUCUAAUCCCUCACAUAUACAAGAUCAGGUAGGUUUGCUGUUCUUCUUUUCCAUCUUCUGGGGUUUCUUUCCUCUCUUCAAUGCCAUUUUUGCUUUUCCUCUGGAUCGAGCAAUGUUGAUAAAAGAAAGAUCGUCAGGCAUGUACCAUUUAUCCUCGUAUUAUGUUGCUAGGACAGUUGGGGACUUACCAAUGGAGCUUGUGCUUCCUACUAUAUUUGUGACAAUAUCUUAUUGGAUGGGAGGUUUGAAGCCUUCCUUAGUUACAUUUGUGUUAACUUUAUUGAUCAUGCUUUUGAAUGUGUUAGUUUCUCAAGGAACAGGCCUUGCACUUGGGGCCAUUCUAAUGGAUGCCAAACAAGCGACAACCUUAGCCUCAGUGACUAUGUUAGUGUUUCUCUUGGCUGGGGGUUACUACAUUCAACAAAUUCCAUUCUUUAUAUCUUGGUUGAAGUAUAUCUCUUUCAGUCACUAUUGCUAUAAGCUUCUUGUAGGAGUACAAUACUCAGUAAAUGAGGUUUAUGAGUGUGAAGCAGCAGCAGGGUUACAUUGUAAGAUUAGAGAUUUUCCUGCCAUAAAGUGUUUAGGACUUGAUAAUUUCUGGAAAGAUGUGCUUGUUUUGACUAUCAUGUUGAUUGGAUAUAGAGUUCUGGCAUAUCUAGCUUUGAGGAAAAGCUGCUCCAUCAUUGAUUAGAUCAAAAAUUCAAGGAAACAAUACUCAUUUACAUGUUUCUUUUUUAUAUUGUUGCCAUUAGGUGAAGUGGUAAUAAUUCUAUUCAAGCUUCAA